CCAAAGUCCAAAUGCAACCAGCACCACACACAACUCCCGCAUAUAAGAAAGGAAUGAAAUUGAGGGGAUGCGAAACCACUUGAGUGGAGAAGAAACAGAAGAUGACAGCCACGGCUCUUCCCGAUGUGGUGGCUUGUCUCUGUUCGCUGCAUUCGCCGCCGCGCACGACGGUAAAAAAACCCAGAAUCAUAGAAGGACUCGCCUUCCCUCAACUUCGCAGUAACAAGCUGCCUAUUCUUGGUCGUGGCUAUGGUAUUGGUAACCGUUGUUUCAUCACUUGCUAUCGUGACCCCUCCGCUGAGUCCGGUGACAGCGUGUUAGGACUGAGUCAGAUAAAAGAGAAGUGCAGUAAGUGGCAAUGGAAAGGCCAGUACUCCAUCAACUACUUUGUCUCCUCUACUUCCUCUUCGAAACCUCCUUUGCUUCUCGUUCACGGGUUCGGUGCCUCCAUUCCUCAUUGGCGAAGGAAUAUUGGCACAUUGGCUCAGGAUUACACAGUUUAUGCAAUCGACCUUCUGGGUUUUGGUGACUCAGAUAAGCCUCAAGGUUUUUCAUAUUGCAUGGAAGCAUGGGCUGAGUUGAUAUUGGAUUUCUUGGAUGAAGUUGUUCAGAAGCCUACCGUCUUGAUUGGUAACUCUGUGGGAAGUCUUGCUUGUAUGAUAGCUGCUUCAGAAUCUAGUGGGAACAUGGUUAGAGGGAUUGUGUUGUUGAAUUGUGCCGGUGGGAUGAACAACAAGGCGAUUGUUGAUGAUUGGAGGAUCAAGCUCUUUUUUCCUUUGCUUUUGUUGUUUGAUUUCUUACUGAAGCAAAGACCGAUCGCUGAGGCUGUCUUCGAGCGUGCCAAGCAAAAAGAUAAUCUAAGGAACAUUCUGUUAUCUGUUUAUGGAAAUAAAGAGUCCGUUGAUGAUGAACUGGUUGAGAUCAUCAACGGACCGGCAAACAAUGAAGGUGCUCUUGAUGCCUUUGUGUCGAUUAUAACCGGUCCGCCAGGGCCAAACCCCGUGCAAUUGAUGCCGAGAAUUAACUCACCUGUCCUGGUUUUAUGGGGUGAUCAAGAUCCCUUCACCCCGAUCGACGGGCCUGUAGGUAAGUACUUCUCUUCCUUACCUUCGAAAUCGUCGAAUGUUAGCCUUUAUAUGUUGGAAGGUGUAGGACAUUGCCCCCACGACGAUAAACCUGACCUAGUUCAUCAUAAGUUGCUUCCUUGGUUGGCUCAAGCUACUGCUUUGUGAGAGCCAUUGAUGUAAUUGCUAGAGACUGGUGGACAUUUGUAAAAGUAAUUUUUUUUAAAUGAUACAAAGUAUAUAGCAAUGGUAUGUCAUUUACCCAUGAUGUAUGGAAUCUCGUAUAUAUUUAUUUAU